AUUUGCCUUCUCUCCUCUCCUGCUCCGUUUGUAAAUAGAGCGGAGAGAUUCAGCAUUGUGUAAGCUCGGUAACAGCAAUUGCUUCCAAUUACUACAAAGUAGCAUUCUGUUGCUUUCAAUGGAUGGAGGGCCGUACUGCAACAAAAGGCGUAUGUACGUCACAUUCCAAAGACCUUCGGGAGAUCAACACUUAAGAGCAUCGGCUUUGUUUUACGCAGUGAAUAAUUUUGCAUGUCUUAUAACUGAUUAGUUGUAACCGGUACCGUAUGUAGCUGCCCGGUUUUGCAGCAACUAAAGAAAACUGCCCUAUUCAAUAGCGGUAACUAGGACUCACAACCAAACGGGAUUGUACAAUGAUGACGGUGGGGCUUUUAUUAUGUUAUUAGUGAGAAGAUCUUGGCGGUUGCAGUACACGGUUGGAUUACUAUAACUUUUUUGGUUUGCCUUGAAAUGGGAGCAUUAACAAGCAGACAGAAUGCAGGAGUCGAGGAGCUUGACAUUCCUUCUAAUUCGGUCUACAGAUAUCCUCCAAAAUCCGGCAGCUACUUCGCCAGCCACUUCAUCAUGGGCGGGGAGAAGUUUGAUUCCACCCAUCCGGAGGGCUACCUCUUUGGGGAGAACACAGACCUCAACUUCUUGGGACACAGGCCUGUAGCAUUCCCGUACGCUUCCCCCCCUCCUCAAGAGCCAGUGAAGACACUCCGCAGCCUGAUCAACAUUCGUAAAGAUACGCUGCGCCUGGUCAGGUGCAGUGAGGAUGUGAAGGCUCCCCGGGAGGAGGUGGGGAAGGGGCGACUCUGCUACAACGUGGAGUUCACCUUUGACGCUGAUGCACAGGUGGCCAUUACCAUCUACUACCACGCCAUCGAAGAGCUCCAGAACGGAGUCCCAACGUACAUCCCUCAAGACAACGCUGUGCAGUCAGAGACGGUGCACUUCAAACGAGGCGUUUGUCAGCAGUUCUGUCUGCCCUCUCACACUGUGAACCUGUCUGAGUGGAGUGAGGAGGAGCUGAUGUUUGACAUGGACAAAGAUGUGUACCCCAUGGUAGUGCAGGCUGUGGUGGAUGAGGGUGAAGAGCACUUGGGUCAUUCCCAUGUGUUGCUGGCCACGUUUGAGAAGCACAUGGACGGGAGCUUCUGUGUGAAGCCAUUGAAACAGAAGCAAGCGGUGGAUGGAGUAAGCUACCUCCUUCAAGAGAUCUACGGCAUUGAGAACAAGUACAACACUCAGGAAUCCAAGGUGGCGGACGAUGAGAUCAGUGAUAACAGUGCGGAGUGUGUGGUGUGCCUGUCGGACGUGCGGGACACUCUCAUCCUGCCCUGCCGACACCUCUGUCUCUGCAACACCUGCGCAGACACUCUGCGCUACCAGGCCAACUGCUGCCCCAUCUGCCGACUGCCAUUCCGAGCCCUGCUGCAGAUCCGUGCCAUGCGGAAGAAGACAAGCCCGCUGUCUCCAUCAGGGUUUAACCCCAUCAUCGCCUCCCACACCUCCGACUCAGAGGAGCACUCGGCCUCGGAGCACAUCCCUCCUGGGUACGAGGCAGUGUCCCUGUUGGAGGCUCUGAACGGCCCCCUGUCCCCCUCCCUCUCCGCCCCUCCUCUGCACAGCCUGGCAGACGGGCACGUCUCAGGGGCCCUGCCCUCCUACACCAGCGAGGGCCACGGCCUGCCAGCCCGUUCCCUCUCCCCCCACGACAGCCAGGACCUCAAGUUGAAGAAGGGCAUCUCCAACAGGUCCAUAUCCCAGAAUUCCUCAGUCCUGCCCGAAGAAGACAACGAGAAGUCCUGCAGCGUAUCAGAGAUGAGGGCAUGUCGCAGGAAGAUCCUAGACGACCAACCAGAGGAUUGUGGAGUCACUCCCGAGAGUGAGAACCUGACCCUGUCGUCCUCGGGAGCCAUCGACCAGUCCUCCUGCACUGGCACCCCCCUCUCCUCCACCAUCACCUCCCUGGAAGACCCUGUGAGCAGCAGCCUGGCUGAGUCCGUGAUGUCCAUGGCCUCCUCUCGGAGCCGGCACUCUCAGCUCAGCACCGACACCAUCUCCUCCAUGUCAGGAUCCUACAUUGCCGGGGGUGCUGAUGGGGAGGCCCCUGAGACCCCUGUGGAGAGCCAGGGCCCCUCACAGGGGGGAGAGGAAACCCCCGUGGAGACUCAGGAAACCAACUUCGUGGCGAUUGAUGAUGAGGAACAGGACUCUGAGGGAAAUGAUGUCACUGAAGAGGAGUGUCCGUCACCCACUCAGGAGGAGGGUGGGAGGAGGAUUAUGAGGAGGAGUGAGGCGCCCUGUCUAGAGUUUGACAAUAACAAUCAGGGCCUGAGUCGCAGCUUGCCAGGGCUGGACAAUGAGCCCUGCCCUGAGGCCUGCAACGCUGAGCCGGGGUCCUGGGAGGAAUACAGUUCUGGAGGAGGGUGCCUGCAGCCCCGCAUCUCCACGAGCAACAUUGACCUGGAGGAGGAGAUGGAGGGCUGCCCACAGCCCCGACACUAUGGACCCCUGACUGUCUGACAACAAAUGCACCAGCACCCAGACACCCACCCGCUUUGCUGCACUCCCUGGAUCCCAAGAUAUCAACACCUUCUAUUAUAUAUUAUAUAUGCUGCUGACCCAUGCAGGGUGGAACUUUGCAUUGACCAGGGCUGGAAACUCCUGUUCAAGAAUAGUGGAUAUCUGGGUCUAGAUUUUGGAGUGGAUUUGGAUGUUUUCUUUUUUGUUGUCUUCUUUCUCCUGAACAUACUCUCCCUUUUUUAUUUCUCUGUACCCUUAUAAACAAUCCUGUCUGAUAAUCAAAAGACAUCUACAGCUGUGUUUGUGGGGCUGCUUCCUGGCACCACUGUUUUGAUGCAAGUUAUAUGCUAAAGGAUUGAAAACCAGGGAUGCUAGGUAGGAAGACAUAUGCCUCCAGUUUCACGUCAGGCUUUCAAACUCAUAUUGCAAUGCAUUCUGGCAAGUGCAGUCCUGCUUCCCUUAAAGAAAAGAGAGGUACAGGAUACCAGAAUGCACUGAGAUGGAGGUUAAAAACCCUGAGCUGUCCCAAACUGCCCUGGUGAACAUGGAGCCAUUUGGUUACCUUAUUGCCAGGUUUCAGUUUUAAAAUUUCUGAUAAAAAACUAAAAGAUCCAUUUGAAAUCUGCAUUUAACUGGAUUUCUAAAAAAUUUAAUAAUGAAACACAAUUUCUGGGUCAUUCUGUAGUGUUUGCUUAUAUGCAGUGGGCUAGACUCUGAAAGCGUUCUUUUGUCUUCAGUAGCAUUUUAUUCUGAACUAAAAAACACCAAACCAGUUGUUAGUUUUAGAAUUAUAAUUUGUUGUUUUGUUUUGUUUGUCACAAAAGAAAAUAGUUUUAAUAAUAAUAAGCAAAAGGCUUUGAGAAUUUUUCCUACUGUUUUCUUUGACUUCAAGAAAUCUCCAUUUUGAAUCUGCUAGUUUUGAAAGCAGCUGACAAAAUAGCAGUUUGCCCUGAUUAGUUGCCUGGAAUAGUGAAAAAAAUAAAAGAAACAAUUUCUACAGGAAAGUGAUUCUGAGCAUCCCUGGAAAUGUUUUUCAAAACCUGCACCAGGACUAUUCUCACUGCUGAGAUCAGUGUGUUCUAUACUUGUUUUAUAACCUUGACAAAGAGUAGUAGCUGCUUUUCUUUUUUUUUUAAUGCCCCCUUUUUGUGGCGAUUUCAAUUAUUCAGAGGGGUUCAUAUUACAGUUGCACACAUACUAUAAGGUGCUUUCACUUGAGCUAAGGAACUGCUCUUCAAUUCUAGUUGUCAUAGAUACAUGUAAUAUUGGCUGGAUUAAGUGUAUCGAAGAGGAAUUGGCAUCUUGCGAUCUGUAACUUUGGCACUUUUACCUUUUGUUUUACUGGCAAGACGCUGCUUUGUGCUGGUUACUAAUAUAAACACUUUGGUUUAAAAAUAAAGAAACAUUGAUUGGAAACAUCCUAAAAAGGUAAGCGAACAGUUGAAAAAAAAAAAAAAGUGCAUUUAAACUAGUGCCUCCAAGUACUCCUUAAUGGACUGUUGCUGCAGUAGUGACCAUGUGGUGAGCAGCUCAAUGUAUUCAACAGGCUUGAGCAGUGUUUAUAAAGUUAACGGAUUCAUCGAUGGAAAGGCACAGGACUGCGUUGCAGUCUUGAUGUCAACGCCUCAACACAGCAAUAUAACCUAGCAGUGCUGCUUGUCUUUCAACAGACACCCUGGAGAGCCCAUUCAUCUCUCCGGAUAGCAGUCCACCCCACACACCACUCUCUCGUAAGCCUUUAAGCUCUGCAGAGACCAAACUGUGCUGUACUGUGGGAGGUGUUUCCAGUAGAACACACUGAGUGUUACACUUGCCUUUGCUGCAAUCCUGCAGACUUCAGUUACUUUGUAAAGUGUACAGUGGCCUGAAAUUUUGUUUUCACACAUACUAUAACCUACUCCUUAUUGCAGUCCUUCCACACUACCCCCUUUUUUGUUUCUUACCUGUCUAAUGGCACUGCCUCCAACCAACCAACACAGAGAACACAAAUAUUUAUCACCCGAUUUCUAUAGUCAUGCAUGUGGGAUUAUCAGAAUUACUGAUCAAUCAGAACCCUGUCACAGAGAUUAUGUAUGAUGAAACCUAGGAAAUCCGUAAUCCUAUAUUCUCAGUCACUUAAGUAAAGUGACUCCACAAUUGAAAUAGUAUAUCUGAAGUGUGCAUGUGUUGGCAACUACUUCCUGUAAAAGCAUAUAUGGGAAUGGGCAAAAGACUGUUUUUCUUUACUCCUGUAUAGAAGGAAUAAUAACCAAAUCAAGCAAUAUACUUCCUGGUACCUAAUCAUGUUCUGUGCUGCCAGCCCAUGUUCAUGGUGCAAAAAAGACAAUCCAGUCAUAUCCAGAAGCUAGGAUUGAAGUUCUGAAUCAUUUAAGAAUUGUUGUGUAAAUGUGGUGAAAGAAAAUGUUUUGUUUUUUUUAAACACUGGUUAUUAGUCUUUAAAUCUGAGAUUUCUGGGCACUACACAUAAAACUGCGGACUGUUUAGGAAUGUUCUGUUAAUGACUGUUUUUAAGGCCCAUUUUGAUUUAUCUUUUUCAUCUGUUAGAAAGAGUUUAUUAGUUAAUUCACAUUUUUUUGUUUAACCUAAAAUCUCUUAAACAUUCCUUAAAACAGCAUUUAAAGGGGCCAUCUUUGUAAGCCAGCAAGAAACUAUGCUGGUUCUAUAUACCAGCUAGGAUUCAGCAAUACAACCUCCUAGCUCCUGGUCUUGAUCUCUAACCCCUAGGCUCCAAAGUAUAAUUCCAGUAAGAACUUUUCCAUUUUGUGGCCAAAUAGUUAAUCCCAGAUCUAAAGAUAUGGCAAACCUGCUUCAGUUAUAAUAAUAAUUAAAAUCCCUCUGAGCAAUGAAAUGCUGCUGUUUCACCCUGUCCGUCUGAGUGUCAUUCACACGAGGUGGCAUUGCCUGCCGUGAUUAUCUACAAAACCAUUAGGGUAAGAUAAAUCUGUGGGCACUGGUGGUCUGUGUGCGUGGCGUCGAUGGUUUCAUCUUUAUUGUUUGGUAAUAUAAACAUGAAACUAUAAAAAAAAAUGGAUGAUGCACUACUAGUUAGUCUCACGAAAACACAGACAGGGUGCAUGUGUGAGGUCUUUAAUACUGUAGGGAGCACCAUAGUAUAGCUGAGACCCGGUCCUGUCAAUACCUCUGCAACAUCCAUGUGUACAUUUGCACUAAGUUGUAUCUCUUAAGAACAACUUUUAUGGAGUUCUGGUAUAUGAAAUCAAUAAAUACAAAUGUUUUAAAACUCC